AUGGAGCAGAUUCAGCAAGAGCAAGCUGCCUUCAGGGAAGAGUUAGAUUCUAUCAAAGGAAAGAUUGACCAGAUCCUCGAAGCCAUCAUCAUAGCCAGAAGAGAGGAAGAACAACGUGAAGCUGCUGAUGUCGUCAACAACAAUGGACAGGUGCAAGUGUCUACCCCAAGGCUCUCAGCUCCUGUCCCUAACCCCUAUGGAAUGCCAAUGAAUUUCGCUACCGCAGUUGAAGGGACCACUUCUCAACCAAGCCCAUCGCCUGGAGUUACUGUUGGAGCUACCCUGCAAGCCCAGCCAACUGUGGCUCAGAUCCCCGUUCCUCAUAACGAAGAUAAUAUGGUGGAUCAGUAUGACGAUGUGCAAAACUAUCAUGCUGCUAUUCCCAUUGCUAGUCUUGUUGCUGCUCAGGAUUCAGAAGCUAUAAAGAUGUGUCGAGACCUAGCUGAGAAACUUCGAGUUAUGGAAGGGAACAAUUCAAACCCUCUUAGUGCUUUAGAAAUGUGCUUGGUUCCUGAUGUCGUCAUCCCUCCCAAGUUCAAGGUGCCCGAAUUUUCGAAAUACAAAGGUCUUAGUUGCCCAAACAUUCAUCUGAAAAUGUACUAUCGCAAGAUGGCUGCCUAUGCCAGAGACGAAAAACUCAUGAUUCAUUGCUUCCAAGGCAUUUAUCUGAUUUUUUUUCCAUUUCAAAUAUAG